GAUCAGCUGACGCGCUCAUGUGACCAAGGCUCGCGAGGCUGCUCAAAAUGGAGUUGUCGGAAUCAGUGAUGAAAGGGCUUCAAACCCUGGCCGAGCCGAAUGUGUUCGACCUGAAAUCAUUUACGAUAUUUAUGGACGUCGCAUUCGACAGUCUGGACUCCUCUCGGGGCGAAAGCGUUCUAGGUCACCCAGAAUUGAGACACAUCGACCAGACCACCUUGAAACACUGUCAUACCGCAGCAACGACCUUUAUUCUGGAAGGCGUUAAACAAAAUGCAGAUAAAUCAACUAUUAGCUCAUGUCUUGAAGACGUCAGAUUCCAGAAUGAAAGAGUGGAUACAUUUUAUAAUUCAUUCCAGAAACACAAGAAAAGUUUGGAAUCUUUGUUGUCAAGCACUGAUACAUGUCCUCCCCAUAUAACGGAUGCUGAAUGGCGUCUUGAGUAUUGUAUAAAGAAUAGUCAUGUGCAUAAAGUCAAUCAGCCAUCAUACCUGAUUUCCUUAAACACCGAGAGGGCUGGAGCUUCUUCAGAAAUCAACUUUAGUUGCACCAUGGACCAACUUCAGGAUUUGGUUGGAAAAAUGAAGGACGCAGCAAAGAGUCUCGAGAGGGCAGCCCAGUCUUGAUUCCUGGAUUCCUGGCUCUCUAGAUUUCGGAUGCCAAGAAUUAAUGAGCGAAACGUGUCUUUCCUUCAAGACGCAGUGCCCCAUCAGUUUUUUUUCUCUUUGUUGAUUUCUUGCAUAUAUCGACUAGUAUUCUGUAGCUUCUUUUCGUAAAAUGUACAAUAAAAAUGCUGUUGAUAAUUAAACCUGCAUUUGUGCAA